AUGGGGGGAAUACGGACACAAGAACUGGGAAAAGCUGAUAAAAAUAGAGGUGAAAAUUUACAGGCAAAAACUGAUAAUAACAAGGGUAGAAAUCUGCAAGUCUGGCGAAAAGUUGAAGGAAAGAAAAUUUUGGAGGAGCCUGUCCAUUUGGAUCUCAAUGAAAAGAAAAGGGAAAGAGUUAGAGUUCGAAGGCUUAAGAUCAUUAAAGGAAAAAAAGUCAUGUCCAACCAAGAUGAAAAAAUGGUGUGUUUUGAAAAUGAGUUGUGUUGCUUUAAUAACGAUUUGGAGGAAGAGCAGAUAUAUGGUUCCCUAUACAAUGUUAAUUUUCAAGCUUUGUCAGAAGAAGAAGAUGGUGAUGAAUUAGAGGAACUGGCUCCAAAACAAUAUCGGACUGAUGGUGAUAACAACGUUUCAUUUUCAAAGCGCAGGAGAACCAAACCAAAAUCAAUUAAGCUGGUGAGUUGGAAGAGACCUCGAAGUGGUACAAUGAAAUUGAAUGUUGACGGGGGAUCAAAUGGGAAUCUAGGUGCUGCAAGGGGAGGCAGACUGAUUCGGGACAUCAGCGAUAGAUUGAUUGCUAGUUUCGCUCACUUCUAUGGCGUGGCAAUAAACACCUUGGCCGAGUCUUGUACACUUAGGGAUGGAUUGGCUAUGUGCAAAGAACAGGGAUGGGUGGAUUUUGUGGUAGAAUCAGAUUCUAUGCUGAUGGUAAAAUGGGCACAGGAUGGAAGAUGCACUCUAUGGGAAGAAAAUAUGGCAGCUGACUACUUGGCAAAAAAUGGGGCUACUGGCAAUUCUUUUACCAUCCAAAAAGGGGAUUAUGUUCCUCUUGGCCUUAGGGUGAUGUGUUGUGGCGCGGUGGUGGUACAGGUGGUUGAUGGCAGUUGCUAUGCGGUGGUAGGUUGUGGUGAUGGUGGUCGAUCUGGCGUUCUGGUGCGGUGGUUGUGGUGGUUUUGGUGGGUGUGCAUGCUGCGAUGGAUGGUGUUUGGCAGUAGCUCUAUGCGGCGGUGGUGUUUGACAGUGAAUCUGUGCAGUGUUGAGGUAUUUUUGUUGGGUUUAUUGGUUUUUGGAGUGGUGGUGGCUUUUGUCGUGGUGGUGUUGGCGGUGGUUGUGAUGGUGUUGUGGCGAAAUCAAAGUAGAAGGAUCCCUUUUGCCAGCAAGGGUAUUGGUGCAAGUAUUGGGUCGGUUUGGAAGUACCCUGCGCUAGACUGGAAAGCGUGA